CAAAUUGUACAGGCAUGGAUAAGUAUUAUUUAAAUUACAUAAAUUUGGUUCAUGGUAAAAUUAUAAGGUUGCAGUCAUUGUGUCUAUGGGAACAAUAUGAUAACUAGUCAUUCAAUGGAGCACAUCAAGAAAUAUAGAAAUAUUGUCUUCGCAUUAACAAAAAAACCCAAGUAUGUUUUGGAUGGAUUACAAAUACUUGGGAAAAAAGUAAAGCUUGAAGUAAUUCCUCCAUAUAACUUUGGUGUGUACGGCAUCGAGUCUUAUUCUUGAUUUAUAUCCAAAUUUGAUAAUAAUUUAAAAUAAGCAAUACACUUGUAUACAUUUGUCAACAUUUUCUUCGUAACAUCACAAGUUAAUGGUACUCAAUGUAGACUAAUAAUAAUGACAGCUUAUAUUUUCUUAUAAACGGGUGAUUUUAGGAGAUUCAAGCUAUUUCCGCAGACAAUAUCAGUUAGGUUGUAAGUUACAAUCAUGAAGCGCUUCAAAUACUUUAAAUGCUACUUCAAAUCUCAUCUUUACUUGAUCCUCAUAAAUGCUAGAUCUGUUCUAAAUAAACUACCGAUGCUCAGAACACUCACAGUAAUAUACAAACCCCCUAUAAUUGUCAUCACUGAAUCUUGGUGUAAUUCGAACAUACUGGAUGAUGAGAUAAGCUUGGAUAACUACACACACUUUCGAUGUGACAGGGAAGGUGGUAAUGGAGUGAGUUGUCUCAUGUACUUUCUGAAUACCCUUACUGUAUCACAGCUAGAAAGUGGUACACUUAACAUGCCUGAUGCUUUAUGGGUUAGCUUUCACUUAAAUAACGCAAUAGUAUUGAUUGGAUGCACCUGCAGAGCACGCGGCACGUUUAGUAAUUACGAGACCCAACUCAUUACUACUCUGGAACAAUUAUCCCCUCUACAAUACGAUUAUAAGAUCCUAUGUGGAGACUUCAACUUACCAGAAAUCAACUGGGAAAUACCCACAGGCCCAACUAAAUUUGAUAGGUUCUUAGGCACACUGGAUAUACUUGGCUGGAAACAGACUGUCACAACCCCUACAAGAGGUAAUAACGUACUAGACUUAAUCUUCUGCUACAAUAUACGUUCCCUUUCUGCCCUAGUAGGUUCUCAGUUUUCAGGGAGUGACCACAAAACAGUGCUGUGUGCACUGCCACUUCCGUCUAGUAGCAAUGCAGCCCAUACCCCUACUUCACAACAAAUAACAUACAGGAACUACAGUAAGGGAGACUGGACUCUAGUGAAAUCAAUGCUAAGAUCCUCAGAAUGGAGAGAGUAUUUCUAUGCUGAUAGCCUCUCGAAAGCUCUAGACAUUUUUUACUAUAACUCCAACACAUGCUUAGAUGCUGUCAUCCCACUUCAAACAUUAAAGUUUUCCCCACAUAGAAAGUCAUUCAUAAAGCCAAAGGAUCGUAGGAACCUGAAAAUACAUUCAACAAGCUACUUCAGACGACACUACUUAAGAACACUAGGGUCAAUACUUAGUACUCUUAGCUCCAUCUCGCAAGCUCAUAACAUGCGUAUGAGAAAUGAAGAAUGCACCGCACUAACCGGCACCACCAGAGUAGGUGCUCUCACAGAAAUUCUAAACAAACGAAUGAAUCGCCAAAGCCAUAAAAUUUCUCUCCUUAUACACAAGGGCAAACUAUACAGCAACCAUUCAGACAUGUGUGAACUGUUUAACGAGACGUUUGCAGCCAACUACCUUAAGCCCACAAGUCCACUUCUCGGUUUACAAUCUACAAUAGAACUCCCUUCUUCUUCAGUGCUGAAACAAAUCACUACAGUUCAUUUCACUUAUUCUAAUAGUAACCAAGCCAUUAAUACUCUUAAAAGCUCUAGUAGCGCUGGUUUUGGCGGUAUACCAUCGUAUCUUCAUAAACACUGUGGUUCUGACAUUUCCGUUUUAUUACUUAAGACCUGUACAAUGUCCCUAGAAAGCCAAACCUAUCCAGAUAAAUGGAAAGCAACAUUUGUAGUACCCAAACACAAAUCCGGAUCAAAACCUGAAGUCAACAACUAUAGGCCAAUCAAUAUUACACCCAUAGUAUCUAGAAUUAUUGAAAGAAUAGUUAAAGAUGAUAUUCUCAAACAUAUGCUCAGCUGCAAUAUUCUAAGUCCAAACCAACAUGGAUUCCUAAAAUUCAGAUCAUGCAUGACAUGUCACCUUGACUUCUUUAACUAUAUAACUAGUAGCCAAGACAAACAACAACUAGUACUAGUCAUCUACUUUGACAUCUCCAAAGCCUUUGACCGCGUUGACAAUUUACUUCUUACAAAUAAGCUGAACUCCUUAGGAAUACGUAACCCAUCAUUAGGAUGGAUUGAAUCAUUCCUUAACAAUAGGUCCCAAGUAGUUAGACUGGGUUCUGUAAAUUCUAAGCCUAGUCCAGUCACUUCUGGAGUAGUUCAGUGUAGCGUCUUAGGCCCCCUCCUAUUCACUCUGUAUGUCAACGACAUAUGCAGCUGUUUCUCACUUGGCAAACCAUUCAUCUUUGCAGAUGAUCUUAAAGUAGCUUACAAAUUCCCCUGUGAUGACUUAGGAUACUUUCAGAAAGCCGUUCAGGAAGAACUAGAUAGAGUAACUGCAUGGUCCUCCACAUGGAACCUAAAAUUCAACCUUAAAAUAUGUGGUUGGAUCUGUCUCGAUGCACCCUCAAUAAGUAUCAAAGUGGUACUUGAAUCUAUUGACUUGCCUUAACUCCAAAGUGUUGUUGACCUAGGACUCAGGUACUCUAGUGACCUGACAUUUUCUGAGCAAGUGGCAACACAGACGCGUAAAUCGAGGAUGCAUACUCAGGAAUUUCCACAACUACGAAGCGAAACUAUUAUUAUAUAAAUCUUGUGUCAGGCCACUACUUGAAUAUUGUCC